AUGUUGAUUAUUCUAGAAUGCGUUAUACUUGCGUUGCAGGCGGUUGCUGCAGUUCGACUUGCAUUAGAAUCACCAAUUGGAACUACCAGUCCAUCAAACAAUAGGCUAUCAAAACGAUCACCCGUUGAAUUGGGUGGUGAUAUCAAGAAAUGCUACACAAUUAAAUCCAAUGUUGAUGGAGUCAAUGUGAACCAUCAUUUCUGGGUUGCUGAAAGAAUGAUCCAACAUUAUGCACAAGCCUGGAGGCUUCUCUCUGUAUACUGGAAGAAGCUCUCUGUCCAAAGGCGGAAACUCUUUGUCCAAAAGCGGAAACUCUAUGUCCAAAGGAUCCAAAUCCAGAUGGUCUACUCGAUGAUGGUUGCGGAUCUUGACUUUGCUGCUGAUCACCAUGAUUCUGACCAAAAUUAUUAUCGCAUCCUGAUGAUUGUCCUUGACCACAUAAUUCUUCAAGGUAUUCCAUAA